AGAGCGGUGAGCAGGAGGCGUCUGGUUGCCACCUUAGGGAAGUGGGAAGCCCGAAUGAAGUGCAGGAGAGAAAACUUAACUGGGGUGCGGAAGUUUCUUCUUGCACUUCCUCGCAGGCGCAGUUCGCUCGUGGAAUUGUUCAGAUUGCGUCGAACGAAAGGGCGCCGUUGUAGAUGUGCUGACCCACAGCUACAAUUACGGGUGGGAGGCAUCAGGCUGGGAAGGAUGAUUUCCUGAUCAGGUCAACCUUUUCUUUCUAGAUGAAGUACUUUAAUGCAAGAUGUCAUCAUCUGAAGAGAAAAGUGCAAGUCCUGUUCUACCAAAAGAUUCUGAUCGAGGCAGUUCUGUCUCUUCUGAUCUUCAGGAUGAAUAUGAAGAAUUGCUUCGUUAUGCAGUAGUUACCCCUAAAUUUGAGCCAAGUGGAUUACGACAAUCAGAUCACGUGGAGGUUCAUCAGAUACCUGCAGGAAAGAGUCCAGGAAUGAGUAACUACAGGCAUGAAAGUGCAGGAGUGAAAUGGAGAUGCCAUGGAAGAAACCCAGAACUUGCACCAUCUAGUCGAACAACAAGGAUAGCAGUUUCAGCUUCAGUAAAGGAGUCAGCUCCUAUGGCUAUGGAAGGACUUUGUCCAAUCCGUUCAGAAGAAACUUCUUCACCAGGGUCCUCAUCUUGUCAAAGAGAUCUUCAAGGGACAUACGUAACUGACAUGAGCCUUUCAGAUGAUAGAGUGACCCACAUAGAGAGCAUUCUUGACCUAUGGAGUGGCAGCCUUAAAACUAAUGUUUUGACUGAGCUGAGGAAAUGGAAACUUCAUUUUAUUGAACAUCAUACCUUAGAGAUGAGACAAGAAAGAGAAAAGCAUGCAGCUGAUAUGAGACAAUUGACUAAUCAGAUGGAGAACUUGAAGGAAUUGCUACAUACAUACGAGAUUUCCUUAGGGAGAAAGGAUGAGGUAAUUGCAAAUCUAACAAAUGCAAUUGAGAAACAAAAGGACAGGAUAGAGUUAAUGAAAAAAUUUGCAAAAUGGCGACUUCAGCAUUUUUUGGGCAAACAAAAGGCCAGAGAAGAGUUGUACGCAAACAAACUGGCUGAUCGGCUGUAUAAAUUAGGCUUGUUGAAGAAAGCCUGGGCGAUUUGGCGAUCCCGCUUUAAAGCAAAAGAGAAAGAAAGAAUGGAAAAGGCGGUUCAGUCAAGUGUGGAAUCUAUGCAUGCGGCACUCAGCAAUGAGUAUGAAGCCAAACUUCAAACGGUAAAUAGUGCACUUGAGGAGGCCAGAUCUGAAAUUAUUGAACUGCAGAACCAAAGACAAGAUUAUGAAGAUGCUAUGAAGAAGGCUUUCAUGCGGGGUGUCUGCGCACUGAAUUUAGAGGCAAUGAGCAUGUUUCAGAGCAAAGAUUUCAAACUUGACCAGGUGCGAAGUCAGCUUCAGCCCGGCCCAUCAGUUAGAUCGAGCGUAUUUCGUCAGCAGCAGGAGCAAGUAAACAGUGAAGUGCGAAGUCAGCUUCAGCCGGGCUCAUUAAUCAGAUCGAGCAUGUUUCGUCAGCAGCAGGAACAAGUCGAUGAGGAAGGGAGAAAUCAGCUUCAUUCAGGCCCAUCAACCAGAUCGAGCGUGUUUCGUCAGCAGCAGGAGCACGCCGAUGGUGAAGGGAGAAAUCCACUUCAUCCUGGCCCAUUAAGCAGACCGAGUAUGUUUCAGCAGCAGCAGCAGGAGCAAGUUAACGGUGAAGUGAGAAAUCAGCUUCAUCCUGGCCCAUUAAACAGACCAAGCAUGUUUCAGCAGCAGCAGCAGGAGCAAGUAGACGGUGAAGGGCGAAAUCAGCAAAAUCCUGGCCCAUCAAACAGACCGAGCAUAUUUCGUCAGCAACAGGAGCAAGUAGAUGGGGAAGGGCGAAAUCCGCUUCAUCCUGGCCCAUUAAACAGGCUGAGCAUGUUUCAGCAGCAGCAGCAUGAGCAAGUAAACGGUGAAGGGAGAAAUCCGGUUCAGCCUGGCCCAUCAGUUAGAUCAAGCAUGGUUCAGCAGCAGCAGCAGGAGCAAGUAGACAGUGAAGGGCGAAGUCAGCUUCAUCCUGGCCCACCACCCAGAUCGAACAUGUUUCGUCAGCCGCAGGAGCAAGAAGAUGGUGAAGUAGUUGAUCUAUCAGAAAAAAGAGCAGAAUCUGGUGCUGGCACUGGUGGACCUACAGCAAAAUUUUCUUCAUUUCAGUAUGAUCAACCUAUGCCAUCUACUUCCUCACUGCCGCAACCACCACCUCAUUUUGCUCCAACAACAGCUGGCUGUGCUCCUGCAGAGGAUCUGUUUUCUUCUCAUCAAGGCCAUGCAAUAACAUCUCAAACCAGAUUAGACUCUGCUGCUGCAUUAACCUGCGGUGCUGCUACAGGAUCAGGAUCAGGCACAAUGUGCAUUUCAAAACUGCCCAUGACUAGGGUGGUAACAUCAGGUCAACAAAAGGCUGGAAGGACAGUCACUGCCAAAAUCACCGGUCGUUCAGAUUUUGCAGCAAAGAAUCGUAUUUGCAGUAACUUAGAUGUCGUGGGUGUUUCGCCCCCCAUGAAUUCUGUUGUGGUGGAGAAACAUCAUCCGGUCACUCAGCAAACUGUAUCUCAGGCUGUUGCUGCUAAAUAUCCUCGAACUGUGCACCAGUCUUCUAAUGCUAUUGGGGUGAGACAUCUAGGACACAGUGGGAAAACGCCUGCCCAUACUCACAACAUUCAGUCAAUAAAGGUAGUGGAGUAGAGGUUAGCUGGUUGAAAUGCCUGUACUUUAUUUUAAGCACAUAGAGAAAAUUUUCCAGGUUAUUGUUUAAAAUGUGCUCCCCGAUGUUUGCAGAUUAAUAGAAUAACCCAAGAAGCAUCAUGUUUUUCCUCUCAAUAAUAUUGUACAUAUAGAGAUAUUUUGAAGUGUAAAAAGUGUGCCACUGAAGAUGGCACAAUGUAGUUCUGUGUAACUGCAAAUAAGGUAUACUUGAAAUUUUCACUUUCUUAAACUUAUUUUAUUAUAUAUGCUUAUUUAAUGUUUUUAAUAAAAAUGAAGCAUUGAACUUGUAUACUCUAAAAGGCAUUUCUGCUUUAUAUGUGAAUAAGAGCAUAGAUCAGUUUGCCACAUUCUGAAUUGCUAUCUAAAUUAUCCAUAUAACCAGACUUUACAUUCAGAAUUUUGUUUUGGUUCUGCUAUAUUUUAUCUUCAGCCAUUCAUAGAACAGGAACAGUACAGAGAAAUUUCAUUUUGUCCAACAUAAAAGUGGUUUAUUAGUCUUACUUCACUAUUUCAUCGUAUAUAAAUCUAAGGACUUAUUGCUGUUGCUGUUUACUCCAGUUGUGUGUUUUCAUUAGUAAUAUUCACUGACAUCUCAACCCCAUUUGUACUUUCACCAAUUAUUCUACAGAUUCCUUCAGUUUAGCUUUUAAGAAUGUAUAAUACCCCCCCCCCCCCAGGGUGGUGGUGGUAAGAAAUGUGACAUUAGAUAUCAUAAUACCCUAAAUCUAGAUGAAUAAAUAAACACCAACGUUUACGUAAAAUAACAGUGAUGUGAGUCUUCUCCAUACUGGGGACAAUUUUUCCCAUUGCAAUUUGCAGUGGGACUAUUGAAGAUUUGCAGUUUUGUGUUCAUGGAUUUUAUCUUUUAGCACCAAAGACUAUUCCAUCCUUGCUCUCUCUUAUGCUACUGUAAGGAGACCUCAGUAAGCAUAAUGGAAUGUCAGGACUGAUGUCAGUCUUUAGAAGAAGACAAAGAAACAGCAGUGAAGAAAGCAGUGGCUGUGGUGUGCUAAUGAUGCUAUACUAACUAGGAUCUCUCAGCCAGGAUUCUUCCAGUCAUAUUGCCCACCCUAGUGAUCAAAUAGGGGUGCCAGUAGGGGAAAACAACCUGCUACAUCAACUUGCUUCUCCCUAAGAUUCCCUUGAAUUUCAUGAAACCGAGCAUUUCUUGGAUUCUGUGCCAGCAUUAUUUUCUGCUCUGAACUUUUCUGCAAGAGGAUAUAUUCUUGUUAGAAUUCAGAAAAUACAACACGCCUUUAAUCUUUUUGAGAUGUAAAUAGAUUCAGACAUAAUAUUCAAAGUUUAGUAGCCACUCAAGACCAUCUGCUGCAAUUUUAAACAAAAUAUACAUGUAGCCAUUUAAAAUUAAACUAAAAUCAUUACCGAUUUAUGAAGCUGAAACAAACCUGUCUCAAAAUAAACUUGGCUUCUUUGCUUUUAUUCUAGGAAGAAAUUGACCCGCUUACUACCACUUUGUUUCUUAUAAGCUUACAAAGUCAACAGGCUUUUCAGUUGCAAUUCUGUGCUUUCCUAGAAAUAAUUCCAUCAAACACACUGAGCGUGGGUUUUGCCUAGAAAUAUAUUCAUAGUUAUCCAUAA